AUGUGCGGGAACGGGGAAUCUAACAGCACUGCGCCCAGCCAGCGGGCUCCCCCGGCCACGCCCUACCAGGCCGUCCAGGACUACAUCUCUAAUGUCAACAGCUACAAGAUUAUCGAGAGCACUCUCCGCGAAGGUGAGCAGUUCGCUAAUAGUUUCUUUGACACAGAGACCAAGGUCAAGAUUGCCAAGGCGCUCGACUCAUUCGGCGUCGAUUAUAUCGAACUUACGAAUCCUUGCAGCUCGGAACAAUCGUUCCAGGAUUGCAAGACCAUCUCUAGCCUCGGCCUCAAGGCCAAGAUCCUUACCCAUGUCCGGUGUCACAUGGGCGACGCCAAGAGGGCCGUCGAGGCAGGAGUAGAUGGUGUAGAUUUGGUUAUUGGGACCUCGAGGUAUCUCCGAGAGUAUAGCCACGGAAAGAGCAUGGAGAUGAUACAGAAGACGGCGUUGGAGGUGAUUUCAUACCUACAGAGCCAAAAUGUUGAGAUCCGAUUCUCCUCGGAGGACUCCUUCCGUUCUGACCUGGUUGAUAUUCUCUCGCUCUACAAGGCAGUCGAUAGAGCGGGUGUGCACCGCGUUGGAAUUGCCGACACGGUCGGUGGGGCAACUCCUCGUAUGACAUAUGACGUGGUCCGCACUCUUCGUGGUGUUGUUGGCUGUGAUAUUGAGUGCCAUUUCCAUGACGAUACUGGCUGCUCAGUGGUAAGUCCUCACACAUUCUUUAUAAAUGCGUUCUGUGCACUUGAGGCUGGCGCAACGCAUGUUGACACAUCCGUCCUCGGCAUUGGCGAGCGAAACGGUAUUACGCCACUAGGUGCUUUCAUGGCAAGAAUGGUUGUCACCGCCCCCGAGUACACAAAGUCCAAGUACAAUCUCAAGGAGCUGAAGGCUCUUGAGACUUUAGUAGCCGAUGCAGUAGAGAUCAAUAUCCCGUUUAACAACCCAGUCACGGGCUUUUGCGCAUUUACACACAAGGCUGGCAUCCACGCCAAGGCUAUCCUCGCCAACCCUUCGACAUAUGAGAUCCUUGAUCCCGAGAUCUUCGGUCUCUCUCGCUACGUGUCGAUCAACAGCCGCAUAACCGGUUGGAAUGCCGUCCGCUCGAGAGCUGAGCAGUUGGGACUCAGUAUGACUGAUGAGCAGGUCAAGGAAGUGACCGCCAAGAUCAAGCAGAUGGCCGAUAUCAGACCCCUUGCCAUUGAUGAUACGGACAGUAUCCUUCGGUCGUUCCAUCUUGAGCUUCAGCAGUCAUAA